AUGCAAUUCAACUCUUUAAUUAUCUUAGCCUCCAUCACUGCUGCUGCUUCUGCUGCUUCCGUUGCUACUGUCACAAAAUCUAACCAAGUGACUACACUCGAAACUGUUACAUCCUGUUCUGGUGGUUGUACGCCUACAUCCUCUGAAGAUAUCACAUACGUAGAUGUCACUACCACUCCACAAGUCACUAAAUCUGUUGUUUCCACAGUAAAGACUACCUCCACUCCAUACACAACCACCACUCUAAGUACAGCUGCCGCUUUCCCAAACAGUACACUUGCCACUCUUCAAAGUAGCACGACUGCUGGUGUCCACACUUUCUUAGGUAAUGGUGUUAACCUAAAUGCUGGUGCCCUUGGUGCCGUUGUUGGUGCAGCUUUCGUUGCCCUUUUAUAA